AUGAGAAGGCUUACAGCCGAGAAGUUUUCCCUCUUCUUCUUCCUACUCCUCCUCUUCGUUUUCUCGUAUUCUGUUUUAGCUGCUGGCAAGUCAAUCAGGAGGAACAAACCCUGCAACCGACUCGUGCUCCACCUGCAUGAAAUAAUCCGUCAAGGCAACUACACCUUCCCGAAUGCAACAUCAGCUGCGGUUACUAAAAGAGUGCCUGGCCUCGGCUCAUUCCAGUUCGGUGAGAUGUACGUCUUUGAUAAUUUGGUGACACGGGACGCUAACCCGCACUCUCCCCAAGCUGCCCGUGCCCGCGGUUUCUACGUUUAUGACGGCAAAGAUUCUGGCAAUGAUCUAUAUAUGAUCACCUUAAGCUUUAACUCAACCGAGUACACGGGUACCUUGACCAUACUUGGGACCAACAAUCACUCCCUAAAGACUAGGGAUCUUCCUGUUGUUGGCGGAACUGGAGAUUUCUUCAUGGCUCGGGGGGUAACUACUCUGGAGGUCGAUGUGAUCGACUUCACAACAUCUUACUUUCGACUGAAGAUGGAUAUUAAGUUAUACGAAUGUUAUUAA